AGGCAGCUCCAUCCUUCAUAAAUGUCUUUUAUCGUUUGGUGGCGUCUGUCAUCCAGGAGGGUCGACAGAGAGGGGACACUGACACAAGCGUGGAGAGUGACGUGUAUUUGCAGUGCUCCAGACUGGUAGAGAGGAUGUACUCCCACAUCGCUGCUAAAGCUGAGAGCUUCACUGCGCUGCCAGUCUUCAUGGUGGCUCAGUAUGUUACAGAGCUGCAAAAG